AUGUUUUUGAAGGCGGGCAGAGGGAAAAACAUAACACCAGUGAGUGUAGAUGGGCUGGACUGUGUAGUUAUGGAGCCCCCUUUGAGCAAGAGGAACCCGACAUUGAGAUUAGCGGAUUUGGCAGCGGCUCAACCCCAUCCUCAUCAGAAUAUGACAGGCUUCCCGGGGCUGGGGAGCCACCACCUCCACUCCCACCCCGCCGCUCACCUCCACCCUGGGGAGAUGGGGAGUGACCCCGGCGUGGCCCUUACGCCAUUCGGACCCGAGCACAUGGCCCAAGCGAGCGUCCUCAAACUCAGCCCCUCGCAGCAUCCAGAGGCGCAGACAGCGGCCGCCUUUGCCUCGCCGGCCGCCCAGAGCGGCGCCGCCGCCGCGGUCAGCAGCUACCCUGCCGGCGCGGCUCCCCCGCAAUUUUACAGCAACAGCAACUGGGCCGAGCUGGGCCGGGCCGAGCCCUACGGGCACCUGGGUAAGAGACCCCCCCGCCGGAGCCGCCACCCGCUGAACGGCCAGAUGCGCCUGGGGCUGGCGGCCGCGGAGCUGUACGGCCGGGCCGAGCCCUACGGGCCCGCCUCCUCGCUGCACGGCUACGGCUCCCUGGGCUUGAACGUCAACCUGGCGGCCGCCAGCCACGGGCACCACCCGGCCCCCCACCACCACCCGGGGGCGGCGGCUGCAGCCUUCCUGCGGUACAUGCGGCAGCCCAUCAAGCAAGAGCUGAUCUGCAAGUGGCUGGAGCAGCAGCCGCCGCCCAGCGCCGCCGGGCAGCCCUGCUCGAAAACUUUCAGCACCAUGCACGAGCUGGUGAACCAUGUCACCGUGGAGCACGUCGGCGGGCCUGAGCAGAGCAGCCACGUGUGCUACUGGGAGGAGUGUCCCCGGGAAGGGAAACCUUUCAAGGCCAAGUACAAACUGAUCAACCACAUCCGCGUGCACACCGGGGAGAAGCCCUUCCCCUGCCCCUUCCCAGGCUGCGGCAAGGUCUUCGCCCGCUCCGAGAACCUCAAGAUUCACAAGCGCACUCAUACAGGAGAGAAGCCUUUUAAAUGUGAAUUUGAUGGCUGCGACAGGAAGUUUGCCAAUAGCAGUGACAGAAAGAAACACUCCCACGUCCACACGAGUGAUAAGCCAUAUUACUGCAAAGUCAGAGGCUGUGAUAAAUCUUACACGCAUCCCAGCUCUUUAAGAAAACAUAUGAAGAUACACUGCAAGUCUCCACCACUUUCUCCUACACCUGGAUCUCAUGGUUAUCAGUCUGCAGGAACCCCCCUAGGUGCUCCCCUGUCUCCUGCCCAGGACUCAGCCAGGGGCUGCUCUGCCAGUCUUUCCCCUCAGGUCACUAACCUCAAUGAGUGGUAUGUCUGUCAGGCCAGUGGGGCUUCUAAUAACCUUCAUACACCUUCCAGCAAUGUAACAUCCUCUGACUCUGAAGAUGAAGAGGCUUAUAGAAACUCUGAUACCAGAACUAUCCAUUAGAAGAAAAACAACAAGAAGUUUCUGACUUGGGAGUACUGGGAUCAUUCUCCUGAACUGUAAAGACACAAAGCUUGAAAGAAAAGGGUGGCAUAGAAUUGCCAUCAUGUUGAAUCGCCGCUAUUUAUUCAGUAUAUAAAACCCUAUGGUGUUUGUACACUUAACUAAUUUAAUUGAGACACUUGGACCCUUUUAUAAAAAAUAAUAAAUGAAAAUACCAAGCUGGACUAUCUCAGUGAACCAAGUUGCAUGUUUGCAGGUAUGGGGAAGAUGCCAAGGGAGCUCAAUGGACAGAUCAGUUCAUCAAGAUUAUACACUGCCAAUGCAAUAGUUCUAAAAGAGAGAGAGGGGAAGAGUGUUCAUUAUGUAGCCUGCAAGCUGAUAGGGCCUCUAUUUCCUGGAGUGGCUCUUAAAUACUUCAGAUGUCAUUCUGGGGGCUUCUUAACAGCUUGAGUAGGCCCCAAUUCCGCAAUGGCCUCUUAAUUGUAAACCACCACCACCUGCUGAAUUUCCAACAAAUCUUGGACUGGUUACAUAUUAAAAAAAAUGUUUUUUUCCCCCUCUUUCAGUUCGGACCUUUUGUAAUUUUUGCUUUUUAUUCUGAGUCCUUAGGUUUCACCCAAAUCUGAUAUUUUAUACUUAGGCUUGUUUCCUUAUCCCUUAGCUGUAUACAAUGUGAAAAUGGAUUUUUAAAAAGAAAAAAAAAGAUGCAGCAUUUCUCUUAACAUUUCUCCACAAUUUUGUAUCAUGAGUCCUGAGACUAAAAUGGAGAAUAAAAGAAAACCGCUGCUAUCUGACAACUGUGAUACUGUGAUUUUUUUUAAAUGUAGCACACAAAAUUCAAAAGUGAAUUCUGUUCCCUUUAGCAAAGUUUGUUUAAAAGAGACGAACCUGCAUCUUGCUAUGUCAGACCAUGUGUGUAGUAGAGUUUGUUGUUAGGUCAAAAGUGCGUUGGACAUCAGAGUCAUUAUUCCUUCAAAAUCUUCAAGUAUGAGAAGCUGUGAUACUGUUGUGAAAGCUGAUAUUUUAGACCGAUCAAUCUCCUUUUAUACCAUUGUGGACACCCAUUUGAAAAUGCUUUAUUGUUUUCAACAGCUAAAAGCAUGAUUGUAUUCAUUCUCCACCCCCAUCCCAUGCAAUCCUCAAAUGACCGUGUAUAGUGGUGAGUUACAUUAAAACAGGAAAACAAUUGUCACAAAUAUUAAAAUUUUAAAGUGUUGUAGUUAGAGCAAAAAAAAAAUGAUGAGGGCAUGACCUUUGGCAUCGCUGUCAAGCUAUUAGAGAAAAAGGUCAGAGAACUAUGAUGCUAACUCUUAGUCAAUUUAUUUGCGGUUGCUACGACACAUUUCCCAUGCAAAAUGUUAGUCCAUCAUAAACAUCAUACAAAUAAACUAAAGAGCACUAAUUUAUCCUCAGAGACCCUGAAUACAUAAACAGGUAGCCUCCCCUCCCACAGGGUUUGUAGAAAUUUGUUUUGUGUGCUGUGACUGACUGGUUGGUGUAGUCUUGUCAUUGUUAAUAACUUGUAUGUGACUGCUAUUAUUUUGUACAGUUGAAUUAAUUUAUUUUUGGACAUCAUCCUUUUCUGGAAGAGUACAGAACACACCAAAGAAUUAUAUUAUUAAUUUUGGUGAUAGAUUGUUGUUUAUGAUUCCGUGGUUUGUUUUAAAAAAAUCAUUAUAUUUUUCAGCUUACUUGAAUGAACAAUGUAAUGUGAAAACAAGCUCUUCCUGCAUGUCUUCUGUGCAGUGUAUUGGUGAUGAUAUAUAUAUAGUUUAUAGAGAUAUUAUGUUAUUAGUACAGUGCAUGGUGCUGUCAAUCUGGAAGCCUUUAAACGUUGUCUUCAUAUUGUUAUGGUGAAUUUAAAGAUACAGACAUUCCUUAAAAAACAAGAAGAAAACUUGAAUAGAAAAUAAUUUUUAAAAUUUAUUUUAUUUGCUUUUUUUUUCACGUUCAAAGCCCAUUCAAAUAAAUAGAAAAUGAUAACGUAAGGUAUGGACUUUUUAAGGGUAAUUUUUGCAAUAUAAUCUUGUUAGAAAUGAUUUUCUUACUGAUUUAUAACAAAUUGUUUAAUUUAUACAAAUUUUCAAUAAUAGAUUGCACUAUACAUUACUACAUUACAGGGGUUUUAAAAUAUGAAACUGAGGGAUAUACUAAUAUUUGUAUGUACUAUGCCACACAUAAGGUCACACACUUGCCCAUAAAUUUUAUGACACAUGAUGCCUCCUAAAUAAAAACUCCCUUCAUCUCUGUAAACCCGACCAUAAGAA